AUGCGAGUAGCAGCAGCAACAGCCACAACUGCAGCAGAAGCAGCCAGCGUAGUAGCAGCAACAGCAGCAAUAGGAAUAGAAAGGAGCUGUGCCGGCAGCCGCAGCAGCAACGGCAGCAGCGGCGGCGGCGGCAGCAGCAGCAGCAGCAGCAGCAACGGCAGCAGCUGCAAACAGCAACAGGCUUCGCCGCCUGCUGCUGUUGCAGCAGCAGCAGCAGCAGCAGCAGCAACAGCAGCAACAGCAGGACCGGAAGGGCUGGACCCUGAUUCAAAAGGCGCAGCAGGUGCAGCAGCAGAAGCAGCAGCAGCAGCGGCAUCUCCACAGGGUAUAGCAACCGCAGCAGCAGCUGCAGCGGUAGCAACUGCAGCAGCGGUAGCAGCAGCAGCAGCAGCGACAGCAGCAACAGCUGCUGCUGCAACAGCAGCAGCAGCAGCUGUCACGGGGGCCGCUGCUAUUCGGUGCUGUUCUUGGGCAUUUCUACACCCGCAUACAGCAGCAGCAGCCACAGCAGCAGCAGCACCAGCAGCAGCAGCGGCAGCCGCAGCAGCAGCAGCAGCACCAGCAGCAACAAGAGCAGCAGCAGCAAGACCCGCAGAAACAGCAAUAGCAGCUGCUGCAGCCGCUGCAGUAGCAAGAAGGGAAGCAGCAACAGCAGCAGAAACAGCAAUCGCUGCAGCAGCAACCAGAGCAGUAGCAAGAGCUGCAGCAGUAACAGCUACAACCGCAGCAGCAGCAACAGCAGCAGCAGCAGCUGCAGCAGCAACAGCAACAGCAGCAGCACUUGUGGUUUCGUUUAUACUUAGUUCUGCUGCUAACCGUCUGCACUGGCCGAUAUUUCAGAUGAAUGAGAAUGUCUUCUUCUCGAUUAUGUUUGUAUUCUCGUUGCUGCUGCUGCUGUAUGGAGUCUUAGCUGUCGCCUCGAAGCUGCCUUUCUUUCGGGACAAGCUCGAGACGUUUGCUGUCUCUAUACUCGCUAUUGCCUUUCUGAGUCGCGUUGCGUGUUUAUUUGCGGUCGUUCUCUUUACUUCUCAAGACCACAACAAAGAAUGUUUAGGAUGCAAAGCAGCUCAAAAACAUUUUGAGAUUGAAACCCUAAUCGACAAACUCCCCGGCGAAUAUGUUGCUGUCGAGACCCCAGAAGCAGACACCGCAGUCAUGGCUGUGACAACAGCAGAUGCAUGUACAGCGGAGUUAAUUUUGCUGUCUUCUGCCGCUCUCUUUCAUACUCUCAUCAUCGAUGUUAUGCUUCCUGUUCGGACUAUGGUGUCUUUACCGCUGCAUUUGUUAUAUUUGUUUAGUUGUGUCGGCAGCCUCGCCUUUUGCGCAUUUGCCUAUUCGCACGGUUUGAAUUACUUGGG